GCUUCUUUCAGCAGCAGCAACAGUUCGUCAGACACCUCGGUAGCUUGCUAGACAAAAUAGACGAACCAAUAAAGGUCUUUAGACGUAUUCGUAAUUAUUAGCCACUGUGUUUUAAACCCUCUUCUGUCGUCUAGUUAGUUAUCCGUUUUAAUUUCAUAUUUACGGUGUUGUUAUUAUUCCGUUAGCGGGCUGGUUAAGUUAGCAUUAGCCUAGCUAGCUAACAUCCCCGACCAUGCGGUCACUAAGCUACUCCCCUGCUAUAGAAGAAGCGGGUAUCACAGUAAAACAAGAAGUAGAGGAUGAGGCCGUUACUGUGAAAGAAGGGGAAGAAGCGUUCAGAGUGAAAGAGGAGGAGGAUGUUACAGUAAAAGGAGAGGAGGAUGCAGUUUAUGGAGUGAAAGAGGAGGAGGAAGAGAUGACUGUUACAUUGAAAACGGAGGAGGAAGAAGAGGAGGAAACUGGAUAUCUGGUCCCGGUUUCCCAAACGCAUCUUAAGGUGUCCGAUGGUUCUAACGGUGAACUUAGCCAUAAGAUGGUUUUGAGAAACCGUUCCCUGAUUAACACUCGAGAGAGACGGGACUAUCGUGGAUCCUCUGGGGAGCCUCAACAGCCCCAUGAUGCUGACAGGGCAGAGAAGAGUCUCUCCACAUCAGAACUCCUCAAGAAACACCAGCAGAGAUCGACAGGAAAGAAACCUCACCGCUGCUCUGACUGUGGGAAGAGAUUCACCUCCUCAUCAGGCAUUAAAAUUCAUCAGAGAUUCCACACAGGAGAGAAACCUUAUUGCUGUGGUCAAUGUGGGAAGAGAUUUACCUCCUCAUCAUGCAUUAAAAUUCAUCAGAGAAUUCACACAAGAGAGAAACCAAAUGGCUGUGCUCAAUGUGGGAAGAGUUUUGUUAAUUCUUGCAAUCUGACUGCACACCAAAGAACACACACAGGAGAGAAACCAUAUGGCUGUGCUCAAUGUGGGAAGAGUUAUUUUACAUCUAGCCAUCUGACUGCACACCAUAGAAUACACACAGGAGAGAAACCAUAUAGCUGUGAUCAAUGUGGGAAGAGUUUUGUUAAUUCUUGCAAUCUGACUGCACACCAAAGAACACACACAGGAGAGAAACCUUAUAGCUGUGGUCAAUGUGGGAAGAGUUUUACUACAUCUGGCUCUCUGACAGUACACCAGAGAACACACACAGGAGAGAAACCAUAUAGCUGUGAUCAAUGUGGGAGGAGUUUUAGUACUUCUAACUAUCUGACAGUACACCAGAGAACACACACAGGAGAGAAUCCGUUAUGUGAUCAAUGUGGGAAGAGUUUUACUACUUCUGGCUAUCUAACUAUACACCUUAGAACACACACAGGAGAGAAAUCUUAUAGCUGUGAUCGAUGUGGGAAGAGUUUUACUCAGCCAAACAGCCUGAAUAUACACAAGCGGACACACACAGGGGAAGGGAUACUUCCCUUCCCCUGUGUCUCAGAUCUCCUGAACGUUGUCGUGAAAGAAGAGGGGGAAGAGGAGGAUGUUUCCGUAAAAGGAGAGGAAGAUGCUUUCAGAAUGAAAGAGGAGGAAGAGGAGGCUAUCAGUAUCACGUUUAAAGAAGAGGGAGAACCUUUUGGAGUGGGAGAGGAGGCUAUCUCAAUAAAAGAGGAGGAAGAAGACGUUUGGAGAGACGAAGAGGGAGAGGAAGAGGAGACUGAAGAUCUGAUUAACACCAGAGAGAGACGGGACUAUCGUGGAUCCUCUGGGAAUCCUCAACAACCUCAUGAUGCUGACGAGGCAGAGAAGAGUCUCUCCACAUCAGAACUCCUCCAGAAACACCAGCAGAGACCCGCAGGGAAGAAAUCUCAUUGCUGCUCUGACUGUGGGAAGAGAUUCACCUCAUCAGGCAUUACAAUUCAUCAGAGAACACACACAGGAGAGAAACCAUUUAGCUGUGUUCAAUGUGGGAAAAGUUUUGAUCAAUCUUGCCAUCUGAUUCAACACCAGAGAACACACACAGGAGAGAAACCUUAUAGCUGUGAUCAAUGUGGGAAGAGUUUUAGUCAAUCUGGACAGCUGACAGUGCACCAGAGAACACACACAGGAGAGAAGCCUUACAGCUGUGGUCAAUGUGGGAAGAGUUUUACUACAUCUAGCAAUCUGACUACACACCAGAGAACACACACAGGAGAGAAAUCUUAUAGCUGUGAUCAAUGUGGGAAGAGUUUUGAUCAAUCUGGACAGCUGACAGUGCACCAGAGAAUACACACAGGAGAGAAGCCUUACAGCUGUGGUCAAUGUGGGAAGAGUUUUACUACAUCUGGUCAUCUGACUCUACACCAGAGAACACACACAGGAGAGAAACCUUACAGCUGUGAUCAAUGUGGGAAGAGUUUUGGUCAUUCUGGCACUCUGACUUUACACCAGAGAAUACACACAGGAGAGAAACCUUAUAGCUGUGGUCAAUGUGGGAAGAGUUUUACUCAGUCAACCAGCCUGAUAUCACACCAGAGAACACACACAGGAGAGAAACCUUAUAGCUGUGAUCAAUGUGGGAAGAGUUUUACUACAUCUAGCAAUCUGACUCUACACCAGAGAACACACACAGGAGAGAAACCUUAUAGCUGUGAUCAAUGUGGGAAGAGUUUUUGUCAAUCUAGGGAUCUGACAGUGCACCAGAGAACACACACAGGAGAGAAACCUUAUAGCUGUGGUCAAUGUGGGAAGCGUUUUACUACAUCUGGCUCUCUGACAUUACACCAGAGAACACACACAGGAGAGACACCUUAUAGUUGUGGUCAAUGUGGGAAGAGUUUUACUACAUCUAGCAAUCUGACUCUACACCAGAGAACACACACAGGAGAGACACCUUAUAGCUGUGGUCAAUGUGGGAAGAGUUUUACUCAGUCAACCAGCCUGAUAUCACACCAGAGAAUACACACAGGAGAGAAACCUUACAGCUGUGGUCAAUGUGGGAAGAGUUUUACUACAUCUGGCCAUCUGACUCUACACCAGAGAAUACACACAGGAGAGAAACCGUAUAGCUGUGGUCAAUGUGGGAAGAGUUUUGGUCGAUCUGGCCAGCUGACAUUACACCAGAGAAUACACACAGGAGAGAAACCUUACAGCUGUGGUCAAUGUGGGAAGAGUUUUACUACAUCUGGUCAUCUGACUAUACACCAGAGAAUACACACAGGAGAGAAGCCUUAUAUCUGUGAUCAAUGUGGGAUGAGUUUUACUUCAUCUAGCCAGCUGACUUUACACCAGAGAACACACACAGGAGAGAAACCUUAUAUCUGUGAUCAAUGUGGGAUGAGUUUUACUACAUCAAGCCAUCUGAUUCGACACCAGAGAACACACACAGGAGAGAAACCUUAUAGUUGUAAUCAUUGUGAGAAGAGUUUUCCUACAUCUGGCCAGCUGACUUCACACCAGAGAACACACACAGGAGAGAAAUCUUAUAGCUGUGAUCAAUGUGGGAAGAGUUUUACUAGAUCUAGCUAUCUGACAGUGCACCAGAGAACACACUCAGGAGAGAAAUCGUAUAGCUGUGACCAGAGAUAAUCUGAUAAAAGAUCUCUGACUAAAUUUCAGAAAAUACAUGAAGGAGUUGUUUCAUGAUAUCAAUGAAAUGAUGUCACAAUGUAGAAUGUUUUAACAUUGUAGUAGCAGUAUUUUAAUGAUGUCACAAUGUAGAAUGUUUUAACAUUGUAGUAGCAGUAUUUUAAUGAUGUCACAAUGUAGAACCCUAAAUGUUUGUCCCCUGUUCUAUUGAUUUCAACAUGAUAUGGAUAGUAGCCUCAGGGGGAAAAUCCACGCUCUGAAAUGGAAGAGUACUAUUUAUAUGAUUUAACAAAAAGUGACUAACACAAAAAGAGCUGUGUUACACUUACCACGUUGGUGACCCACUUGAAUUAAAAUGCAACACUUCAAAAAUGAAAAUAAAAUCUAGGCUCUGAAAUGAAAGAGUACUAUUUAUGAGAUUUAGUAAGUACACAUUAUUCCCAGAUUCCGUGUGGUUUUGAGCUGUUAGUUUUAACAGGACGUGCAACCUCAUCUCCCUCCUGUCACAUAAAUGAUUUUAGCAUGAUAUCGAUGAGUUAUGACAAAUAAGUGUUGCGUUCCUUUGUUUAGCGACCCCUACAUUUAAAUGCAUUCCAACAUCACGUACAACCUGAUUUCCCCCCUAAUCGAUAUCAGUGAUUUAUUGCUACUUGUCAAAACAACACUGUUUCUGGUGCUUGUGCAGUUUAUAAGGAGCUUGUUUAAAAAAAUACAAGAAAUAUGAUUAUUGUGGCAGAUGUUUGUGUAAAUAGCACAUGUUAUGUUUAGGUUUUCAAUGUAUCCCAAACUGUUUCUGCACAUUGGUUAUUGAUUUGGACACGUUAAAACUGUGUUUUGACAUUGAGGCUAUCCCACCUAGCACAAUGUAAUUGAAAAGUUGUUGAAAAUAAGACUAUGCAAUCAAACAUUUUUUUAUAUAUUUUAUUAUUAUACCAUGCCUUACCAUUAAGUUAAUUAUUGACAAUACAUAUUAACAAAGGGGUGUCUAUUUGGUUUUGAUCAUUCAUAUUUACAAUUCAUGUAACUUUUAGUAAUCAUAAUUAUUUAUGCAAUCAACUGACAAUUUACGGGUAUAAUUAUAUUGACAUUGUUGCCCUUCUUUUAGAAUAGCAGGUUUAAUUCUCACAUGUGCCAACCCAAAUGUACUAGAGCAUGACAUUGGGGACUGGGUCCCGAUCCAACAACAUGCCUACCUAGUGAACUCUGAAAAGAGAGAGAAGUUCCACAGUGAGGUGGAAAGUUACUACGGAUAUUGCAGGAGUUUCCUCUUGAAAUCAGACAUGUCUGUGUUAAGGACAACUUGGUUGCUGGUUGUUUCAAGGUGGGCAGUCAUAGUUUUGCAUUUAGCCAUUGCGUUGCCAUGGAUCACAAUUUAUUUUGACUGCACGGUUUUCCGUAUUGGAGAUGAGUUUUGUUUGGGCUCAUUCCAAGGGGACGAGAGUUCUAGAAGUUUGUUGAGUUUUAGUAUUCUAUAGAAUGAAAAAGGAGAAAAAAAUAAUACGAUUGUAUAUUAUUAUUUAGAAAUACGUGUUUUUUCUUGUUUUUAAUUGUUGACAGCCAGUAGACACUAUGUUUAUAUUGUAGAAGGUGAAGCAUUGUAGUUGAUUAUAAUGUGAAAUGGAAGUUGUUUUCUGUUGGUGGUGAGCAAACUUGUCCAACAAAAAUUAUAGGUUUUAUUUGUUGUCUUAAGGGGAAAGGUGUUCCAGGCUUUCGUUUUUCCAUUUAUGUUUUAAGGUUGGACUUUAGCAAGUAUAGCUUGUUAGCACGUAGGGCACACUGAUUGGUGUCACCUCGUUAGUCAGUAUGUGUAACACCAGUUCUUUUGUUUGCCUCUUCUUGGGCAGAUUUAGUGGGUCUCAUGGUGGUUGACUUUUAUGUCCCAGUUGUUGUUACUAGUCAACUUUCAGUGGACACUGAGAGCAAAACUGCAACAUUAUGUUAUAAUACUUUUAUUGCAUCAAAUGGUUGUUUUAUGCAACAGAAUAGAGGGUUCUUAGAACUAUUGUCUGUGUUCUACUGAGGAUGGGCCUCUGGGAGAAAACACUGACAGGACAUUUACAAUGUCUUUUGGGUGAUAAAAACCUAAAGAGACCACAUUCCAGGGCAUGAGUUACUGUUUCUGUUCUAUAUGGUACCAGGGAGCGAUGAACCCCUCCUAAAAAAAAAAUACCUUGAAUUUGCAUUGCAUCCAAUUAAUAUUUUAAUCAAUGGCAUUUCCUUAGGCUGCUCAUUAGUCUUUCAGUUGUUAGUCUUCUGUUUGUUGUGUACUAAAUAUUUCAUUUUUUUAUUUGUUUUUUCUUGUGAAGCCAUUGUGUUGCAUCCAUGCCUGAAAUGUGCUGUAUAAAUAAAGCUUGAUUUGAUUUCAACAAAUGAACCCAA